AUGCGACCGAGGACUCGCCGCAGACGAACCCUGUCCAUGGCAUCAGUUCGCGCGCCAGGCCAUGGCAGCCCUAACAUGAUACCACCGGAGCCAAGGCCUCGUGACCAUCCACGGGCCACUGCACCGGAGAUGUUGCAAGCUUGUUGGCUGUUUGUCGUGCGCAAACAAGCCCGCUCGAGGCGUCGUCGGCGGUCGGUGCGACAAAAGGACAGCGAUGGACUCGAACUAUUAGCCAAGCAAGGGCCGAGGCGGUGCGCAGCGCCGGUGCCGGAGCAGGAGGAAACCAUUGCGGCGCUUGAGCAUGUCUCUGAUGCAUGA